AUGAAGCUCUCAAACCAGUCGGAAGUCCCUGUCUAUACGAUAUCUGGGUCAAAUACAGCCCGUCCACUACCUGAAUGGCUCGCGAGACGGCGAAAGCGCAGUCUAAAGGACGAUCCAGAGUAUGCGAACCGGAUUGAACUGCUGCAGGACUUCGAGUUUGAGGAGGCAAGCCAGUGCAUCCGGGUCAGCGAAGAUGGGGAUUGGGUCAUGAGCACAGGAACCUACAAGCCCCAAAUACACACGCACCACCUUCCUCAGUUAUCACUUUCAUGGGCUCGCCACACAGAUGCGCUCAAUACAACAUUCCAACUGCUUUCCUCCGACUAUUCGAAGUCUAUCCACCUACAAUCUGACCGAUCGCUCGAGUUCCACACUCCUGGUGGAUGCCAUUACCGAACAAGGCUUCCACGAUACGGGCGUGACCUAAUAUACGACAGAGCGUCCACCGAAGCUCUUGUCCCAGCCGUCGGCGUAAACGCCGACGGUAUGGGUGAAGUCUUUCGCCUCAAUCUAGAACUGGGUCGUUACAUGCGGAGUUUCGAGGUCGACGUCGGAGGCGACGACUUCACGUCGGCUGGCGGAGGUGCGUUGCAGGGUGGUAUAAAUACCGGUGCUGUAAACACAGGCGCUAUUGCGGAAGAGAGUCAUGGUCUGCUCGCUUUUGGUACGACUUUAGGCACCGUUGAACUCUGGGAUCCGCGAGCGAAGGGCCGCGCAGGAGUGCUGUUGCCUCCUACGCAGAUCGGACCUGAUGAUGCGAGAAGCGAGAUCACAGCGUUGGAGUUCCAUCGUUCUGGGUUAACGCUUGCCACUGGUUCCUCGAACGGUCUUAUUCACCUCUACGAUCUCCGUUCGCCGGUUCCUCUACUCAAGAAAGAUCAAGGAUAUGGUUUCCCUAUCCACACUCUUAAGUUCCUACUGCCGUCGACCACUACACGAGAACAGACUUUGGAGCCCAAGAUUCUGUCUUCAGAUAAGAAAAUUAUCAAGAUAUGGGACCCUCGAAAUGGUAACCCAUGGACCUCCGUUGAGCCCGCCGUUGACAUCAACUCGGUCGCCUGGUGCAAAGACAGUGGAAUGCUCCUAACAGCCAACGAAGGGCGACAACAGCACUCAUUCUUCAUCCCCCAACUCGGUCCCGCUCCGAAGUGGUGUUCGUUCCUAGACAAUCUGGUUGAGGAAAUGGCCGAAGAUCCGAACGACCCCAACGCCUUCAACGCUGGACAGGCCGGCUCUGUCUACGAUAACUACAAGUUCCUGACUCUACCUCAGCUCAAGACUCUCAGUCUAGACCAUCUGAUUGGAAGAACUAACCUACUGCGACCCUACAUGCACGGAUACUUUGUCGCUCAGCGCCUCUACGAGGAAGCCAGGUUGAUUACCAACCCGUACAUCUGGGAGGAAGAGCGCGCAAAGAGAAUCAAGGAGAAGAUUGACAAGGAGCGUGAAAGCCGAAUUAGAGGGAAGAAAAAGGCAGCCGUCAAAGUCAACAAGAAACUCGCCGAACGCCUCAUGCAGAUGGAGGAGAAGAACGAACGCCGCAAGGCCAAACGCGUUCUCCAACAAGGCGGCGACGAGCCGAUGGAAGAUGCCGAUGCUACCGCUUCUGCCCCCACACCCACAGCAGUACUCAGCGACAACCGUUUCGCCAAGGUCUUCGAGGACGAAGACUUCGCCAUCGAUGAGACGUCCCGUGAGUACUCUCUCCGCAACUCAGGCAGUGCUUCGGAGCCUGCCCCUCCUCCUAGGAAAGAGCGCGGCCUCACAGCCGUCGAGCAAGAAGCCAUCGACGAAGUCCCGAACUCCUCAGACUCAGACUCGGAUUCAGAAAGUGAAAGCGAAAGCGAACAAGAACGACCCUCUAAACGCAAACCCUCCGCCCAAAAACAGAAACCCGCCAAUAACAUCACCCGUCGUCAGCCCCAAAUGCAGGUUUCCUCCUCCGCAGCAGCCGCCACCUCCAACCGCGACCGUUCCUUCGGUGCUCGCGCCCAGAACAUGCGCACGAAAGAGAAGCCAGCUCGUCGUGUUACCGUGGUGGGUGAGCAGGAAUUCACAUUCAACCCUAGAGGAAAGGGAUCUUCGAAACAGAACAACAAUGCGCCCGUCAAACCAACUACCGCGUCCUCCGACUACAGGACGAAGGAGCGAAGAAGCGCCUCCGGUAAUACGUUCCGCAAGAUGUGAGCGUGGCCGUAAACCAAAGAAUUUGCGCUCUUUCUCUAGGUAUUGGGCUUGGGCUUGGGCUUCGUCAUUGUUCAUCCUUCUAUCGCGCGAUUUGAAGCGUGUAUACAACACAGCUCGCUAUAUUAGCGUUAGUGUCUAUGGGCCAGAGCAGUGCAGACCGCCGCUUCAAAGCUUGCGCUCUCAUGUCCCAUCCACAGAGUGCUACGGACUGCUUUACCUUUCUCGGUCAUUCGAGUUAACUUCCCAUGGGAAGAAAGAAGGAUUUUAGUGGCGGUAAAUUUCAAGGACUUGGUUACCCUUAUAGAGAGCCGAGUGAAACCUGGGAUAGGACGAACGAGAUUGCUACAAGUCUCUUUAAGCCGGUCGAGCCACUCCAGACAGACCGUUUCACGACAUAUUCAUGCAACAGUAUCGCAUAUAGAAACUGUGGUUAAUUGUGAUACCACCCAUCUUGUUAAUUUAGCGUUCUCUUCAGGGAGUCUUAAGAUUCUGAAGC